AGAAGAAGAGUACUCAAAAUCGAGUGAGUUGAUUUUCUUCCUUUGUUUUUUUUUUGUUUCUAUUCAAUAUGGUGAAAAUGAUUAUAAUUAUUAAUAAAUUGUUGAACAAUAAAUUUUAACUUGAAUCAUCCUUAAAAUGUUCAAUGGGUGGUUUUAGGUAUUUAGAGACAAUUCAAUCUAAGAGCAUAUAGUGUUACUUUGACUGGUGGAUUUCAUAUUUUCAAACAAACUUGAAAAUUUAAUUGACUCAAAUACAUCGAUCUAUAGAAUUCAAUUGAAUUAGUGAAUCAAUUUAGCAUAUCAAAUUUGAAUUGGUCCAGUCACAUCGAUAUUUUGUUCGAACGCUUAUCUCUACCAAUUGAUUUUUUGUACUUUUUUCUACCUAGAAUUUUCCAAUCUGUUAAUGCACCUGUUACUCGGAAAACAGAUUGAGCUAAGACGUGUUGUAGACUGCUUAUUGUUAAUGAAAAAAAAGAAGAAUGAUAUCCUUCAUAGUUCAAGCUUUCAUGUAAAAAGGGUGCAGAGGUUGUGUAUAACGAUCGUUUUUGAGUUAAAUUCGUGAAUGAGCACACAAACGAGUUUCAGUUUUCCUGCGCCAAAAUAAUUUUAUCAACUACAGUGCACUCGAUGGCCAAAAUAAUAGUUGGAACAAUUUUUCAACGUGCAUUUGCUCAAUUGUUUUCCCUACAAACUUCAAGCUUCCCUAGCUUCCCCUUAGGCUUGACGGAUUCCGAUCAAGCUACAACAGUAGUUUUCGAGAGUUCAAAAAAAAAAUGGGAGAUAAUUCUUAAGAUUUUGUAGUUUUAUCAUUAUGGGCCACCCUAGUGCUGCUCCCACGUUCAGUUCGGGUACACACCAUGAGGAUACCAACACGUCACGGAUAACGAUAUUAACUCGGAAAAGUUCUCCACAUCAAUUAUAAUUACUGUUCAUACCAGUAGGUAUAUAUGGUUGCACCAAUUUAACACGUUUCGAAAAACCCAAUUCAAUUAUCGGAUUGAACAAGCGCUCAAAACAACUUUCAAAUCUGCUCUCCAAUGCGCAAAUCGCUUUCGGGAUGGGGGGGGGGUUAGUUUCACGUCCGUAAAAGUAGUUUCAGUGCAUUAUUUUUAUUAAUUUAGAUAGCGAAACAUGGGUAAUUGAAAUACAGUUAGGACGAAGUUUCGUUCGUCGCCACAGAUAACGGCAACAACAACUACGACACCUGAAGCAAUUGAAAGUCAUCGCAUACAUUACGUAUUUGGGUACCUACUAACAAAGCGUCGUUUUUACUUCCACAGGAUGUCCCGCUGUUUGUGGAUCUCGCCGGAUACGCUGUUCACGCUGUGUGAGGUUGCCCUCCGGAAGCUACUGUUGUCCGUUGUUCCGCGGCGGAAGUUCUGGGCCACCGUUAUUUCUCUGCUGCCACGUGAAAGCGCUCGCAGUACCGUUUGGCAUCAGGUGCAGUGUCCGUGGGAGUUCAACCGACAUCAGCGCACCAUCGUCAACUACGCCAACCACUGGACGCUCCUGUCGGGCACCGUUCAACAUCGGAACCCCUCAGCAUCGAAUAUUCGCAUCGGUUCGCUGGUCCGGAAUAGAAUCACCCAACUGCUACUCGACUUGGACUACUGCAGCAGCAGCGGAAGCGACGGUGGCAUGCCGCACCAGCAACCGGCACGGUUCGGGUCACCCAUGCAGGAUCCCUUCGAACAAGCCGAGGAAGAACUCAGCGAGCAGUUUGUGGCACGUUCAGUGGCGGCAAACAUGGAAACGUCCACGGUCGAACUGCAUCCGGAGGGCUCCCGGUGCAAUUGCUGCAGCCACUGCGGACACCGUAGCGAUUGCAAAGUGGCACUUGCUCCCAGCUGUGUCGCACUGUUGAGCAAGGAACAGGCCGUCCAGCAGCUGAUAGUCAUGGGACAGAGUACGAUACGCAGCAGUUGUCGUGUACAAAUUAACGAUUCCGAUCCCUGCGGCUGCUGUCAGGCGAGAAUGUAAUCUUUCACCGACCUUCGACCGACGCAGGGUUUGACCACGAGAAUAGAGCCACCAUGGGCGUAGCGAAGUAACAUUUUAGGGUUUAUCAAUUACUAUCAACUGUUGUUACCGCCAUAAUGUUAAAACUCUGUUUAGAAUUAGUCUUAACAACCUUUUUA